AUGACCGAAGCGCAGCCGCCGGCGCGGAAGCGGCCCAAGCGCGUCGUGCCCUUCCUCAAGGCGCAUGAGGUCCUGUACGGCGUGCGCGUGGUGGAGCGCGACCCGCAGAACAGCGCUGUAAAGUCUGUGCUCUGCAUGUUCUGCGCCGCCUUCGGGCGCGAGGACGACCCGCUGGCCACCGCUCGGCAGCGUGCGCGCACGCAGAAGCCCAAGUACUGGGGCGGGCCGUGCUUCCGGACGGACAACUACAAGUCGCACCUGACGAUGAUGCACCCGGUGCGGUGGAAGGAGUACCAAGACCUGACGCCUGAGGCCAAGCAGAGCUACUUCGGCGUAGUGAGGGCGCUGCCCAAGAGGGAGCAGCCACGCAGGUCCUUGGACAACGCAGUCUCGACUCAAAAAGCGUUGGUGUUCCUGUUGGAUCGAGAUGUGGUGGACGUGGCAUUGGGGGAAGUGUUGUUUCGAGUUGAGGAUGUGGAUGAUGGGGGCUCGCCGCUGUUUGAGACCACGUUGGAUCGGGUGGAUAUGCAAGACCAACAGAGGUCCGAUGGUACGGCAGAGUAUCGUGCUGUGGUGCGGUCGGUGGAGCUUUUCCAGAAAGUGGUGACGUUGUUAUCGGCGGGGCUCAGUUUUGACCAGGCAGCGGCUGUGUGUCAACCACAAUUGAGUCAACAGAUAAGCAGGAUAUCUGAUGAUGGCAAUCGAGUAGCGCGUAUGGCUCGAGUCGUUGUGGGCACCAAUUUGCAGGCUCUUUCCCGAGUCAUGCAACGCAGUUGGGCGUUCUCCCUGAGUCUGCACACCAUAGACCGACGAAGACCUGGAGAAACUGAGCCUCAUUUAUUUAUUGAUGUGCGGUUACGCGCGUAUUGCUCGGGUAAGAUCAAGGUAUUUCAUUUACUCACGCUGCCUGUCACAACACAAGGAGAUCCGAGUACCACCGGUGAGAUUCUAUUCGACACAACCAACAAGUUUAUCCUGGCCUUACACAAGCGUUGGCUGUGGAAGGUUAUCGGCUGCUCCACUGAACUGGCUGGGGCUACUGGGUCUGCAGCUGAUUUGGCGGCAGUUGCUGGAUUUGUUCGUGUUUCAAGUGGACGGCCUUCAUUAGACGUGCUGCUGCAGCGUUUCUUUGAUUCAGUACUCUUCGCCGAUGGUGCGGAAUGGCAUGGGCAUUUUACGAACCUGCUAGCGUAUCUGCAACGCCAAGUUAGUGCGGGAAAUGCUGAGGAGUUGUCUGCAGCAUCAGUGACAUCGUGUCCCCGGAUUGCAGAUAUGUCAUGGUGGAAGCUGAUAGAAGUUCUCCGCUGGCUUGAUAACGCAAGGGUGCCUAUCCAGCGGCUGCUAUCACGCAGGAAUGCAACAGUCACGCCACCUGCAGUGUGGUGGCUCAAUCUUAAGAUUAUGCUCGAGGUUGGCUCAAUCGCCGUUAAGACGCGUGCUGGACUUCAAGGGGGAUACACUACGCUGAUGUCACAGCAACCUCAGCGAAUCUCCAUGUUGCGGCUUGCGCUGUCGGAGGAUGUGGGUGUGGAAGGACCGCUUCCCGAGUUCCAACGUGCUGCUCUACGCGAUCACAGCGGCGUUGGAGACAAGAUCGCCUCCGACGAUGGCAUGUUCGCCGUG